AUGCCUCUAAGUCGCACUUUGUCCAUGUCCUCCCUGCCAGGACUGGAAGAUUGGGAAGAUGAAUUCGACCUGGAGAACACAGUGCUCUUCGAGGUGGCCUGGGAGGUGGCCAACAAGGUGGGUGGCAUCUACACGGUGCUGCAGACGAAGGCGAAGGUGACAGGGGACGAGUGGGGUGACAACUACUACCUGGUGGGACCUUACACGGAGCAGGGCGUGAGGACCCAGGUGGAGCUGCUUGACCCCCCAACCCUGGCCCUGAAGAGGACACUGGACUCCAUGAACAGCAAGGGCUGCAAGGUGUACUUCGGUCGCUGGCUGAUCGAGGGGAGCCCCCUGGUGGUGCUCCUGGAUGUGGGGGCCUCAGCCUGGGCCCUGGAGCGCUGGAAGGGGGAGCUCUGGGACACCUGCAACAUUGGGGUGCCCUGGUACGACCGGGAGGCCAACGAUGCUGUCCUUUUUGGCUUCCUCACCACCUGGUUCCUGGGUGAGUUCCUGGCCCAGAACGAGGAGAAGCCACAUGUGGUUGCACACUUCCACGAGUGGCUGGCGGGCAUCGGACUCUGCCUGUGCCGGGCCCGGCGGCUGCCUGUGGCGACAAUCUUCACCACCCACGCCACGCUCCUGGGACGAUACCUGUGUGCGGGUGCUGUGGACUUCUACAACAACCUGGAGAACUUCAAUGUGGACAAGGAAGCAGGUGAGAGGCAGAUCUAUCACCGCUACUGCAUGGAGCGGGCAGCAGCCCACUGUGCCCACGUCUUUACUACUGUGUCUCAGAUUACCGCCAUCGAGGCUCAGCACCUACUCAAGAGGAAACCAGAUAUUGUGACGCCCAAUGGGCUGAAUGUGAAGAAGUUCUCCGCCAUGCAUGAGUUCCAGAACCUCCAUGCUCAGAGCAAGGCUCGGAUCCAGGAGUUUGUGCGGGGCCAUUUUUAUGGGCACCUGGACUUCAACUUGGACAAGACCUUGUAUUUCUUUAUUGCUGGCCGCUAUGAAUUCUCUAAUAAGGGGGCCGACAUCUUCCUAGAGGCCUUGGCCCGACUCAACUAUCUGCUCAGAGUGAAUGGCAGCGAGCAGACAGUGGUCGCCUUCUUCAUCAUGCCGGCUCGGACCAACAAUUUCAACGUGGAAACCCUCAAGGGCCAGGCUGUGCGCAAGCAGCUCUGGGAUACGGCCAACACCGUGAAAGAGAAGUUUGGAAGGAAGCUUUACGAAUCCUUGCUGGUGGGGAGCCUCCCAGACAUGAACAAGAUGCUGGACAAGGAGGACUUCACCAUGAUGAAGAGAGCCAUCUUUGCCACGCAGCGGCAGUCUUUCCCCCCCGUGUGCACCCACAACAUGCUGGACGACUCCUCGGACCCUAUCCUGACCACCAUCCGCCGAAUCGGGCUCUUCAAUAGUAGUGCCGACAGGGUCAAGGUGAUUUUCCACCCAGAGUUCCUCUCCUCCACGAGCCCCCUGCUCCCCGUCGAUUAUGAGGAAUUUGUCCGUGGCUGCCAUCUUGGGGUCUUCCCCUCCUACUAUGAGCCUUGGGGCUACACGCCGGCUGAGUGCACGGUUAUGGGCAUCCCCAGUAUCUCCACCAACCUCUCCGGCUUCGGCUGCUUCAUGGAGGAACACAUUGCAGACCCCUCAGCUUACGGCAUCUACAUUCUGGACCGGCGGUUCCGCAGUCUGGAUGAUUCCUGCUCGCAGCUCACCUCCUUCCUCUACAGCUUCUGCCAGCAGAGCCGGCGGCAGCGCAUCAUCCAGCGAAACCGCACGGAGCGCCUCUCAGACCUUCUGGACUGGAAAUACCUAGGCCGGUACUAUAUGUCUGCACGCCACAUGGCGCUGGCCAAGGCCUUUCCAGAGCAUUUCACCUAUGAGCCCCACGAGGCUGAUGCGGCUCAGGGCUACCGCUACCCACGGCCGGCCUCGGUGCCACCAUCGCCCUCACUGUCGCGACACUCGAGCCCGCACCAGAGUGAGGACGAGGACGAGCCCCGGGACGGGCUGCCGGAUGUAGACGGGGAGCGCUACGACGAGGACGAGGAGGCAGCCAAGGACCGGCGCAACAUCCGCGCCCCUGAUUGGCCGCGCCGCGCCUCCUGCGCCUCUUCCACCAGCGGGAGCAAGCGCAGCUCGGUGGACACAGCGCCCUCCAGCUCGCUCAGCACUCCCAGCGAGCCCCUCAGCCCUGCCAGCUCCCUGGGUGAGGAGCGCAACUAAGUCCCGUGCCCCACAUUCUCGGUCCAUCCUGCAGCCCUUGUCUAGAGGGUGGACGAGGCCAGAAUGGCGCUGUUCCUAGACCCCACUCCAGAUCCCUAAUCCUCUUGGGGGUCCACGGCCCUGCCCCCUCCGCCAUACACUCCAGCCCCUCUAGCUCCGCUCUUGGAAUCCCCAACACUCCAGAAUCCACAACGCCGUGCCUUUCCUGGGUUCCAGAAUGCAUACUUUGUGCCCUGGAAUCCUUCGGACCUGGCCUGGGGGCCAGGGGCCAGGAACCUGCCAUUUCCCUGCAGUGGUGCAGGAGGUUCUAGGAAACCUGGUCUGUUGCCUUCCAGGCAGGGGCUCCUAGAGCCCUUUUUAUAGCCCACAGGCCAUGCCAUGCUCAGACCUGGCCUGAGGGCCAGCAGGCUCUGGAAACCAUGUGGUUUCCCUGCUAAUGGGACAAUCAAGUCCAAAGCUGGGGCACUUUCAGGGACUUAACUGAACGCAGAACGUCCUCCAUUUCAACUCCAGGACUCAGGCUCCAGACCAGGGCUCUCCCCUGUUUACUCUGAUCUGGCCCUUCCUGGGGUGUUUGGCUCUGCCUGGAGGGCCCUUCCACCCCUGGUGUUCUCUUUCUCCGUCCUUUGGCCAAUGGGGGGUGGUGGUGGUGGUGGUGGUGCAGAACCACUUGGCUUCUCAUUCCUGUUGGAGAAUAUGCAGUCUUGGUCUAGAUGCUUUUCUGGCCAUUUCUGAACCAGAA